CUUUUUACCCCUACUACCACUACUCCAUCUAUGCCCCUUUGCCCUAAUUAGUCUUCCGCCCAAAUCCAAACACGCACCCCAUUUUCUCCACUCCGUCAUCGUCAAAGCCACCGGUAAUCGCAUCGGCACCAUCAAUCACUACCGGCGAUUACUUCUGCGGCAAUGGAUCCUCAGGUUCAACAAGCACAACUGGCGGCGAUACUGGGGGCCGAUCCGGCGCCGUUCGAAACCCUAAUAUCUCACCUGAUGUCUUCAUCGAACGAGCAACGAUCGCAAGCAGAACUUAUAUUCAAUCUAUGCAAACAAACUGAUCCGAACUCGCUGUUUCUCAAACUCGGGCAUCUGCUUCAACUAUCUCCUCACAUGGAAGCUCGUGCCAUGUCAGCAAUUCUGUUACGGAAGCAGUUGACUCAGGAUGAUUCAUUGGUAUGGAAUCGGUUAUCUCCGACGACUCAGGUUUCACUUAAAUCUAUUCUUUUGGCUUGUGUGCAACAAGAAGAAGCGAAGACGAUAAUGAAGAAGUUAUGCGAUACGAUCUCGGAAUUGGCUUCGAGUAUCCUGCCUGAUAACGGUUGGCCGGAACUGUUGCCGUUUAUGUUUCAGUGCGUUUCUUCCGAUUCUCCCAAGCUUCAAGAAUCUGCGUUCUUGAUAUUUGCGCAGUUGUCACAAUACAUUGGGGAGACUUUAAUUCCACACAUAAAGCAUCUUCAUGGAGUGUUUUUGCAGUGCCUGACUACGUCGGGGAGUUCAGACGUGAGGAUUGCUGCUUUGAGUGCUGUAAUUAAUUUUAUUCAGUGUUUGUCGAGUUCCGGUGAUAGAGAUCGGUUCCAGGAUUUGCUUCCAGCGAUGAUGACGACGUUGACUGAAGCUUUGAAUGGUGGACAAGAGGCUACUGCUCAAGAGGCAUUGGAAUUGUUAAUUGAGUUGGCAGGGACUGAGCCUAGGUUCUUGAGGAGGCAGUUAGUGGAGGUGGUGGGGUCUAUGUUGCAGAUAGCUGAGGCAGAGACACUAGAAGAGGGAACACGACACCUAGCCAUUGAGUUUGUGAUCACGCUAGCAGAGGCCAGAGAGAGGGCACCUGGUAUGAUGAGGAAGUUGCCACAGUUUAUCAGCAGGUUGUUCUGCAUUUUGUUGCAGAUGCUGUUGGAUGUCGAGGAUGAACCUGCAUGGCAUACUGCUGAAAAUGAGGACGAAGAUGCAGGAGAGUCAAGUAAUUACAGUGUUGGGCAGGAGUGCUUGGAUCGGUUGGCUAUUGCUCUAGGUGGGAAUACCAUUGUCCCUGUUGCAUCAGAGCAGUUGCCGGCUUACUUGGCUGCCCCUGAGUGGCAGAAACAUCAUGCUGCACUCAUCGCUCUUGCACAGAUAGCUGAGGGAUGCUCAAAGGUAAUGAUCAAGAAUUUGGAACAAGUGGUGUCCAUGGUUUUAAAUUCAUUCCAAGAUCCUCACCCACGUGUGAGAUGGGCUGCAAUUAAUGCAAUCGGGCAAUUGGCCACAGAUUUAGGCCCAGACUUGCAAGUUCAAUACCAUCAACGAGUGCUGCCAGCUCUUGCUAAUGCCAUGGAUGAUUUCAAUAAUCCAAGAGUUCAGGCACAUGCUGCUUCAGCAGUGUUAAAUUUCAGUGAGAACUGUACUCCUGAUAUCUUGACGCCUUACCUAGAUGGAAUAGUGAGCAAACUGCUUGUGUUGUUACAGAAUGGUAAACAAAUGGUACAAGAAGGGGCCUUGACUGCUCUAGCAUCAGUUGCUGAUUCAUCACAGGAACACUUCCAAAAGUACUAUGAUGCAGUUAUGCCUUACUUGAAAGCUAUCUUAGUGAAUGCAAAUGAUAAAGCUAAUCGCAUGCUUAGAGCCAAAGCCAUGGAAUGCAUUAGUUUGGUUGGAAUGGCUGUUGGAAAGGAAAAAUUCAGAGAUGAUGCUAAACAGGUGAUGGAAGUGCUUAUGUCCUUACAAGGAUCUCAAAUGGAGACCGAUGAUCCCACCACCAGUUACAUGCUUCAAGCGUGGGCCAGGCUAUGCAAGUGUUUAGGGCAGGAUUUCCUUCCUUACAUGAGUGUUGUUAUGCCUCCUUUACUUCUUUCUGCUCAACUCAAACCUGAUGUCAUCAUUACCUCAGCAGCUUCAGAUAAUGAACUUGAUGAAUCAGAUGAUGAAAGUAUGGAGACAAUCACACUUGGUGAUAAAAGAAUAGGCAUCAAGACAAGUGUUCUAGAAGAAAAAGCUACAGCUUGCAACAUGUUGUGUUGUUAUGCAGAUGAGUUGAAGGAGGGUUUCUAUCCAUGGAUUGACCAGGUUGCACCAACCUUGGUCCCACUUCUCAAAUUUUACUUUCAUGAAGAAGUUAGGAAAGCUGCUGUUUCAGCCAUGCCUGAAUUAUUGAGGUCUGCAAAGUUAGCAAUAGAGAAAGGGCUUGCUCAAGGUCGUAAUGAAUCUUAUAUAAAGCAGCUCUCUGACUACAUAGUUCCUGCUUUGGUUGAAGCUUUACAUAAGGAACCUGAUACGGAAAUCUGUGCAAGUAUGCUGGAUGCUUUAAACGAGUGUAUACAGGUAUCUGGAACACUUCUAGAUGAAAACCAGGUGAGAAGCAUUGUGGAUGAGAUAAAACAGGUGAUCACAGCCAGCUCAAGCAGAAAAACAGAAAGAGCAGAGAGGGCCAAAGCUGAAGAUUUUGAUGCUGAGGAAGGAGAAUUGCUUAAAGAGGAAAAUGAGCAAGAAGAAGAAGUCUUUGAUCAAAUUGGUGAAAUCUUGGGAACUUUGAUAAAAACAUUUAAAGCCUCCUUCUUGCCUUUCUUUGAUGAGAUGUCAUCAUAUUUGAUGCCUAUGUGGGGCAAGGACAAAACAGCUGAGGAAAGAAGGAUUGCUAUUUGCAUCUUUGAUGAUGUGGCUGAACAGUGUCGUGAAGCAGCUCUAAAGUAUUACGAUACCUAUCUUCCUUUCCUUCUAGAAGCUUGCAACGACGAGAGUCCAGAUGUCCGCCAGGCAGCUGUAUAUGGACUUGGAGUGUGUGCAGAGUAUGGUGGAUCUGUUAUAAAACCACUUGUUGGAGAGGCUCUUUCAAGGCUAAAUGUUGUAAUAAGACACCCUAAUGCUGUUCAUCCCGAGAAUGUGAUGGCAUAUGAUAAUGCAGUUUCUGCUUUGGGGAAAAUUUGCCAUUUUCAUCGCGAUAGUAUCGACUCAGCUCAGGUUAUUCCUGCAUGGUUAAGCUGUUUGCCAAUCAAAGGAGAUCUCAUCGAAGCCAAAGUUGUUCACGAGCUGCUAUGUUCAAUGGUUGAAAGGUCAGACACGGUACUUCUAGGCCCGAACAACCAGUAUCUCCCUAAAAUUGUUUCUGUAUUUGCUGAGAUUAUUUGUGGAGGGAAGGAUCUUGCAACAGAGCAAACUAUAAACCGGAUAGUGAACCUGCUGAGACAGCUUCAGCAGACGCUGCCACCUGCGACAUUUGCGUCAACAUGGUCAAGCUUGCAGCCACAGCAGCAACUUGCAUUACAAUCAGUCCUCACAUCAUAGCAAAGCAAAGCAAAGCAAAGAAUACAAAACGACUGAAUAGUUAAGUUGUUCUUGUUCUUGUGGUUUGGUUUGGUUUGGUUUGGUUAGAAAGGAAAUGUGUUUGUUGCCCAUUCUUUGCUGCUGACAUAUAAAGAUAGACGAUGAUGCAUAUUCAUUUUUUCAGCGUGACAUGUGUCAUGCAAUGAGACCCUAGGUGGGUUGGUUGGUUGGUUUGGUUGAGUGUGGAGAGCGACAGAGAUGAUGGGAACAAGAGUUGGAUAUCUUGUUUGUUUUUUUGGUUUCUUUGUUUUUUUUUGGUUACAAGUUGUUGUGCAUAUUGUACAAGUAUUGUUGUGAGGUAUUUGUUGCUUAAACAAAGCAAUGACUCUUACUCGAGUUUUGGUCGUUUUUAAUCACUUUUUGACGUUUGUGGCAUAAAUUUAUCCACUUUUUUUUCAACUUCUUUUUAUUGCUAAACUCGUUUGGUAAGAUGGUUAUCAGUGGAAAAUAAAAAUUAUAAUUGUCG